UUUAUGGACACCAUGCAGAGUGAGUCACCGCCAGCGCGCAUAAAGGCUGUGCGGGUUUGGCUCGUGAUGCUGCAUUCACCGCGCACAGCUGGGGCAGAAAGACACGCACGACCUCACCACCGACACCAAGAGAAGAAACACCCAGCUCACCUGCACAGAAAUGGAAGACGACGUUGCUGCCCUGGUUGUUGACAAUGGCUCCGGCAUGUGCAAGGCCGGUUUCGCCGGUGACGACGCCCCCCGCGCCGUCUUCCCCUCCAUCGUCGGUCGCCCCAGACAUCAGGGUGUGAUGGUGGGAAUGGGACAGAAGGACAGCUACGUGGGAGACGAAGCCCAGAGCAAGAGAGGCAUCCUGACCCUGAAGUACCCCAUCGAGCACGGCAUCGUCACCAACUGGGACGACAUGGAGAAGAUCUGGCAUCACACCUUCUACAACGAGCUCCGUGUUGCACCUGAGGAGCAUCCAGUCCUGCUGACCGAAGCUCCACUCAACCCCAAGGCCAACAGGGAGAAGAUGACACAGAUCAUGUUCGAGACCUUCAACUGUCCUGCCAUGUAUGUGGCCAUCCAGGCCGUCCUGUCCCUGUACGCCUCCGGUCGUACCACAGGUAUUGUGAUGGACUCCGGUGACGGUGUCAGCCACACUGUGCCCAUCUACGAGGGUUACGCUCUGCCUCACGCCAUCCUCCGUCUGGAUCUGGCUGGCAGAGAUCUGACCGACUAUCUGAUGAAGAUCCUCACUGAGAGAGGCUACAGUUUCACCACCACUGCCGAGCGUGAGAUCGUGCGCGACAUUAAGGAGAAGCUAAGCUACGUGGCUCUGGACUUCGAGCAGGAGAUGCAGACGGCAGCUUCCUCUUCCUCUCUGGAGAAGAGCUACGAGCUUCCCGACGGACAGGUCAUCACCAUCGGCAACGAGCGGUUCCGCGACCCCGAGGCGCUGUUCCAGCCUUCAUUCCUUGGAAUGGAGUCGGCUGGCAUCCACGAGACGACCUACAACAGCAUCAUGAAGUGCGACGUGGACAUCCGUAAGGACCUGUACGCCAACACCGUGCUGUCCGGUGGCACCACCAUGUUCCCCGGCAUCGCUGACCGCAUGCAGAAAGAGAUCACCGCCCUGGCCCCACCCACCAUGAAAAUCAAGAUCAUCGCUCCCCCAGAGAGGAAGUACUCCGUCUGGAUCGGCGGCUCCAUCCUGGCCUCCCUCUCCACCUUCCAGCAGAUGUGGAUCAGCAAGCAGGAGUACGACGAGUCCGGCCCCUCCAUUGUCCACCGCAAGUGCUUCUAGAAAGCUCCACGUCCUCUUCUGCCCCGGCGGGGACGUUGCCAUGCUUUCCAACUGCUCCAUCCAACUCGGACGGUCUCUGGUUUAUCUUGAGUGAACAGACUAACGGAGCAGCAAAUCGCUGAACCUCCUACAAACACCAUUUCUGAACAUGUUCCUCGAAUUCUGCUCACAACUUUCACUCCUUCUGGUGAUUAACUACUGAUGGUCAAAGAAAACAAACAGUAUUAUCACUAAACAUCUCUUUCUACCCGUGUCUUUCUACCUCUUUCACAACCGAAUGCAAUAAAUUUGCACAUCAACAUUCUGCUUUUCUCCUCGGCCGUUCUGUCGAUUUGACUCUGUCGGAGUCGAGUUGUGUCAAUAUUCAACAGGAGUGUUUCCUGAUCAAUAAAAUGCCAACAUUUUGAUAUUUACAA